AUGAUGUGCCCACCGUACCAACUUUCCUUCCGGGUCAAGUUUUAUGUCGGUGAACCGAGCAAACUCCGGGAAGAGUAUACCAGGUGAAAAGAGAAACUUCCUUCUGAAAAAAAAACUUGAAAUUCGGCUAGGAGAAUAUUUCAUUGUUACUGAAAGUGGUCUGUUUCGAGAAGUUAAUCUACAUAUUAUUAUAGACUAUGGUGGAUUUUUGGUAUUAUGAAAGAGGUCCCUGGAGAACAACCUUCAAGGGUUCUCAUGGUAUAGUCCAUUUUUCCCCGACUUGAAAGGCGAGGGAGGCGGGGCAAGGGGCGGGACGCGUAGCGUGUGCGUUCGCGGUUCUUGGCGCCAGUUCAAUUCAACCGCCAGCGACUCUUUGAAAAGCCCGUUUUUCGCUUUUUUCAUUCCUUUUUCAAUUAUUUGUAUGUUCAUGUGGGCAUCAAAAAUAGUUGAAAAUACAGAAAAAGAACGGUUGCCGAGCUUUUUAAAUAGUAGACGGCGAUUGAAUUAAACUCGUGCCAAGAACCGCGAACGCACACGCUACGCGUCCCCUCCCUUGCCCCGCCUCCUUCGUAUUUCAAGUCGAGAAGCAUUGACUAUAUUCUUGAUAAAGUUGCUCGAUGGAGAAAAUUGAAAAAUAAAUAGUUUUCAGAUAUCAUCUAUUCCUACAAGUUCGAUCCGACAUCCGCGAGGGUCGACUCGUCUGCUCCGAAGCUUCUCUUGCUCUCCUGGCUAGUUAUGCCCUCCAAUGUAAAUUCUUUUCCAUUCCAAGUUUAUAAAGUUUUGCGGAAGUUAUUUUCCUGAAAAUGAAUAUUCUCGACGUAUCAGAAGAAUUCCCAACCGGCAUAAUUCUCUAGUUUUCGAGAAAUAAAAGCUCAAAGCCUCAAUAUGGCUCAUUUUAACAGGUUUUUAGGGUUAUCUUUGACUUUAGGGCGGUCUUUCUUGGAAAACUAGGAAGUUGUCCAGGUUGAGACUUGCGGGAUCUUCUCAUCGAGGAGUGUCACUGGAAAAAAAAAAUAAUCAAAAUUUCAGCGGACAUUGGUGACUACAACUCCGAGGAGAACGGCCAAGGGUACAACGAAAACUUGAGAUUUUCGCCCCAUCAACCCGACGACUUCCUUCGACGAGUUGCCGAGCUUCAUCGUCUUCAUGUGUGAGGAUUUGUAGUUUGAUCAGUUUUGACUUGAAGAAUUUUUUUAAAAGAUUUUCACACGAUUCACACCCGUCCGGUUUUCUGCUACGCCGUCUCCAAUAGACACUGUAAAAAAUGAUUAAAGCUAUUUUUUUGGCAUUAACAGAUAAAAAAAUUACAGAAAAAAAUUAACUUUUUUUACUAACAAAAAAAAUUCUCAAAUUAGGUCAUUUUUUUCGAAACUUGUUUGCAAAAAUUUUAAUUGUUAAAAACUAAAUUUGAGUCUUGAAAUUUUUCAAAUUGUAUUUUUCUUCAAGUUUGCCGCCUUUUUUUGUUCGAAAAAAAUUCGUUAUAAUCGCCAAAAAAACCGCGGUCGGUGUAUGCACAAUAUAAAUCUACAGUACGCCAAAUCCCGAUAAGCUGAUGCGGAUUCCUUGAAAUUUGGUGACAAAAUUCGAUUUGAAAGUUUUUUUGUGGCUGAACUUAAGCUUUCUCAUCAUGAUACCUUUUAAGGACCUUAAAAUUUAGGUAACGCAAGUAUUUUUCCCAAAACGACAUGAAAGGAAAUUUUGAGCGUUCUUCUCCGCUUCACUUUAACAAUUUCAUCAAGUUUUUGAAAGAACAAAAAAUGGCAAAAAUAGAUUCCACCGAAAGGAGUCGAACCUGGGUCAUAGUCUCCGUGGUGCAAAGCCGCUAGCCACUAGACCAUUCCUGGCACGAACGAUUGAAGGUGUAAUAACUCGACUAGAACACCAAAUGGCUCUCUAAGAAAAAGAUGGCAUGGAAUGGGCUAUACAUAUUUUUCCACAACAUCAAAUGAGGAAUACGUCUCGAAGUUAUGUUUAUCGAAAAGAAACAGUGAUGAUUCCAGAGGCCAAUCGCCAGCCGAAGCCGAAUUCAACUUUCUGGAACACGCGAAACGGCUCGAACUGUAUGGAGUCGACAUGUAUGAGGCGAAAGGAUGGAAAAGGGCUUCCCAUUGGUCUCGGCGUAAAUUCCGUGGGAUUCAAAGUGUUCCAUGAAGGAAUGAAGGUUCAUUUCUAGAAAUUCUGUGGAUUUGUAGUGAAAAUUGACGUCUUCAGAAAAAUUUACAGGUUUAUAGGAGUUUUAUAAAGGUUCCUAGAAGAAUCUUAUAUUGUUUGAAUUGUUUAUUCGAGAAAAAAAACCAACUUUGAGGUGCCGGAAAGGUUGAAGAGUGGUCUCUAUAGGGGUUAGGGAAAAAAAAAGCCUAGAGGGGAACCUUCAAGGGACCCUAUAGGGACCACUUUGGCAUUCCUCAUUUUUUUUCUUCUAAAAGAGUAGAUACUGUAGAUUUUCUUGCAGAUCGUAGAUAGAUACUGUAGAUUUACUUGCAGAUCAACGAAUUCGCGUGGAGCCACAUCAUGAAGAUCAGCUUCAAGAAGAAGCUCUUCUACCUUCAAGUUCGGACGGAUGAUCAGCUGGUAGGAUAACCUUUUGUAAUGAAAAAGCAAAAAAAAAAAAAUGAUCAGAUGCUUCUUAAGAAUUCUAGAAUGGUCCCUAUAGGGUUUCGGGGAAAAAAACCUCUAUAGGGGUCCAAAAAGGGGUCCCUAUAGGGGUUCAAUAAAUGGUCUUUAAGUCCUAAAGCUUAAGGGGUCCCUACAGUGGUCUCUUGACUUUUCGUUCUGAUUUGAAAGCUCAAAAGUCGUACAGGGACCACCAGUAUGCUCCCCUAGAGUGACCACUUCUGAAAGGUUCAGUGCCUCCUAUAGGGGCAGGAAAAGUGGUCCCUAAAGGGCUAGCUCGAAUUAUUUAAAUUAAGAAGAAGUGAUGGUUAUACGAGUUGAUGGGUCAUUUCUACCAGAAAACCUCUGAGAAAAGCCAAAGUGAACACUUAAGUGUCUCCAACAUACCUAGGGAUGCCAGAGGGGACCCUGAAGAGGUUAGGGAAUAACAGUCCUUUCAGGAGGAGUUCUCCCUAAAAGGGGCUGAAACUUAGGUGGGCCCUAUAGGGGUUCAAUAAAUGGUCCUUAGGCCCUAAAGCUUAAGGGGUCCUACAGUGGUCUCUUGACUUUUUCGUUCUGAUUUGAAAUUUUUUUCAGGUUUUUAUUAAAUUACGAUUUCCAAUUUUAUGUUUUUUUGUUUAAAAAGUUUACGUAAAAUUCGCGAAAAUAGUAUUUCAAAAUAAAAUCCAUAUACAAAGAAACCUAAUUUUUUUAUAGCGGCUCCAAAAAAAUCAAAAAAAUUAUUUUUUUGAACCAAAAAAAGUGUCAUUUUUUGAAACCGUUAAAAUAAUUUUUAAUCAAUUUCGAAUCUCCAUCUAACUUCCGAGUUUUUCAGCAAGACACGGUACUGAUUUUCAACGUGUGCUCCCCGCCGGCCUGCAAGCAACUCUGGAAAUGUUGCAUCGAACAACAUUCGUUUUUCCGUCUCAAAGCACCUCCGAUAGCCCCGCAGAAACGGUUUUUCCUCAUUGGCAGCAAAUUUCGCUACAGGUUCGUUUCAAAAAAAAAGUUCACAAGAAAAAAAAGGAGGUCCUAAAGUACACUCCAGCCUAGUACCAUCAAAAUUUCAACCUGGAGGGGGUUCCUUUAUAGGCAAAGUCGAGAAGGGUUCAAAGGUUCUAUAGAAAUGUUCUUUUAGGGGGGACAAAGAUCCCUUUUUUGGUGCCUUUUUGCGCCAUUUUCUCAGCCCUUAUGCACCAUUUUUGCUGCCUCCUUCUAUUUCCAUCAUUUCUUGAGCCUUUCAAAUCCCAGGAAAAUGGAAGGCUCGAUGAAGGACUCUUUUUGCUGCCCUUUUGCUGCCUUUUUUCUGCCUUUCUGUGGCUUUUUCGCUGCCUUUUUGUUGCCUUUUUGCUGCCUUUUGCUGCCUUUUUGCUCCCUUUUUUGAGCCUCUCCCUUUUAGCAACUACUGUCCACCAUUCCGACCUUGCCCGAGUUCAUGUUCGCUUUUCAAAGCUAAUGAUCCAAUUUUUUGCUUACUUUGCAUUAUUUUUUCCCAAAAAAGUAGAAUAAUAUCUUUUGAGAACAAUGAAAAUAUUCGAGAAACAGGAAAAUUGAGUUUUUCAGCGGCAGAACCGAAUAUCAAACGGUUGAAGACUUGAAGCAGAAGCCGACCAUCGUCUACAGGGAUUUCCACAGGUUUAUUUUUUCCUUCUAAGCUAAAUUUUUGGGAUAGAAAAUUCCUUAUUCGCCAGUCAUUCAACCUAUUUUGACCCGAAAAAAUUGGUUCGAAGUACCGAAUUUCCGAUCUUUGACGUCCCUCGGCUCAAAAAAAUAAGGAAGAUUUUUUUCAAAACUUCAAAUUUUAAGGUCUUCAAAAAAAUACUAGAUUUGCUGCUGAUUCCAUACCCUAUUCGUAUAUACCUUAUUCGCCCGUCUUUGUCCCGAUUUAGACCCGAAAAAACUGGUUUGAAAUACCGAAUUUACGGCCCUUCAUGUCCCUCGGCCUAAAAACGUAUCAGAAAAUUUUUUCAAAACUUCAAAUGUUAAGGUCUUGAAAAAUACUGGAAUUUUCACUAGUUUCAAGAAUACCCUAUUCGCCCGUCCUUUUCCCGAUUUUGGCCCGAAAAAAUAGGUCUGAAAUGUCGAAUUUUUUGUCCGUCUUCGGUCCAAAAACUUCGACUAAAACGCUUAUUGGACUUUUUCCAACUCAUUAGACGAACAGACAGUACAAACCAACUACCCAACACAACAAUUAAACAAACAAUAACAAGGGGCGGAAAAUGGCCGUGGAAACGAGAAACGCUCAUUUAUCCGAAUCGCGCGCCAACGCACACACAAAAGAAUGAUUGGCUUGAAACGGCGCAAUUCCACAUAAAAUUUGAUAGUGCCCUGGUCGGUCCCCCCUGCUGUGCGUAGACGACACAAGAAACCCUCCGAAAUUUACAGAUCCCACAGCAAAUCUUCCCUGCUUCGAUCGACGUUCUCCAGCGGGGCGACGCCGUCACUCGAUUCCUCCUCCCACGCCUUCACCCCGACGACGACGUCGUCUCCCGACGUCUUGGCUUCUAAUUCGUUGACGUUCGUUCCUUACUCUUCAGGGGCUUAGAAACCCUAGAAUGGUCCCUAUAAAGGCAACAUUAGGGGCUCUCAGAGGGUCCACUAUAGGGGUCACUAAGGUAGAGACCGCAGAGCCACGCCCCUUUUUGCGAUGGUGAAAUGCACUGAUUUUUUAGAUUUUGUGUUUGAUGUUUUCGUAAAAGCACAAUACUGAACCAAACACAGAGAAAUUUGGUGGAAACAUAGAGAAAACCUUCCUCUUUAAUCUGAUAUACUUUUCUCCCGAUUUUCGUAGCGUUUUAGCGGAAUGUCGUACAAAAAACCAAAACUACUUUUUUUCUUCGGGUUUUUAACCUAGUUCCAUGUCGUUGGCGCCUUUUUUUAUUUUCGAAUUCGAUUUUUAAGUGAAAAACAAAUCUUUUAAGACAAAAAAAUUAAAAUUUUUACGGUGCCUAAUCUUCGUGAGGCCGCGCAAAGUUGAAAAUGUUGUACUCGGUUUCGAGAGCGUGUAAGUAGAAAAUUUUUAUUUUAACUUGUGGAUUAAAUUGUAACUAAAAUUUUAUUAAUAUAAAACUUAUUCCGAAAACUUUGUUUUCUGAGAAAAAAUAGACAGUGAAAAUUUCGAAAUUUAUUUUAACAUGGUUAGAUGUCGUUGGCGCCUUUUUUUAUUUCUUAAAUAUUAGCGUAUUUCAAUUUUCAAUCAAUUAAAAAAAUAAAAUAAAAAUUUUAGCGGUGCCUAAAAGUUUAAUUAUUGUUAACUUGAAGCCAACGUUUAAAAUAACAAAAAACACCGAAAACGGAAGCAUUUUGAACUGAAUCUCUAUGAAUAAAUUAUUUUUAGGUGGUCCGAACACACGUGACUAAUAAUUGUUCAACUAUCAUAACUUUUUUUUAAACAAGAUAGUCGGUAAAUGCUGUACUUUGAGGUGAAGUGGUGUAUAGCGCGAACGCCUUCCAUCUCCGAGGGAUGUGUGUGGAGCAGCGCAAGUGCCCUUGCAUACAGUUUUGAUAUCGCGAGUUCAAUCCUCGCAGCGGCCAUUUUUUUUUAUUUUUCAAGAAAAAAUAGCUUUUCUCUUCAAACUUGUGGUUUUAUACUGUUUUAAUGACUUAUUACGACUUUGAAAACCGAACUAAACUACUAAAAAAUUUAAAUCCGAUAUGAAAACAAAAUGAACGACCAAAAGUGUAAAAUCUAAACUUUCAGUACUAAAUUUCGCGACUUUUUUCACUACUGUUUUGACCAUAACUUUUUUCUCAACCUUUUUCGAAAAACUAAACUGUUUUGAAUAGUAAAUUAGAGCAGCUAUCCAACCAUAGUAAUAUUGAAGUUCGAAAAAAAUUUUUUUGAAAAUUCGUCUGCGGUCCCUACACUAAGGCUUGCAGAAGUGGUCCCUAUAGGGGACAUGCUAGUUGAUAAUUUUUAAGAACUCUAUUCAAAGAAGGAUUUCCCUGCGAAAAACUAAGAAAAAACUUUUUUAAGAGAUAGAGACCACCUUGAUUUUACCCCUAUAGGGACCACUUUUCCGUUCCCUAUAUGAGCUUUUUUCCCGUAACCCCUCUAGGGACCACUCUAAAAUUCCUAAGGGGGGGAGGAGGUUCGUUUUUGACAACCUUAGAUUUCCAGGGGCUAGGAACUCUAGAAUGGUCCCUACAAAGGCAUUUUUAGGGAACCUAUGGAGGACCCCUCUAGGAACCCCUUCACAAACCCCUACAGGGUCCACGAAAGCUUGCAAAUAAGGUGCCUAUAGGGAACAUGCCAGUCGAUAAUUUUUCCCUAUAGGGUCCACUUAAGCUUCAGGGGCUGAGGGGUCAGAUCCUGAACCCUAUAGGGGCCACUUUUACGAUCCCUAUGGGGUCUGUUUUCCCCCGUAACCCCUAUAGAGACCUCUCGAAAGUUCCUGAAGGGGGGUUAAAUAGCUUACUUCUUCUGGAGAAUCAAGGUCGAAAGGGAGAAGGUCGGGAAUCAAAGAUAGGCGGAAUUCUGUUUGGAAAUACAUGAACUUUUGUUAAACAGUCUUGGGGGCGGAGUGGUCCCUAUAGGGAAAAGAAAUACCGCGAAAAGACAGUCCCUAUAGUGGGCAAAAAGGGGCCCCUAUAGGGGUAAAAUUAUGGUGGUCCCUUUUACGGGGUUCUAGGUUUGAUCCUCUCCCCACUUGAGAUUUUUAAAGAUUGACCCCCCUUCAAAGCUCAAGUGGUCCCUAUAGGACCUUAACUUUUUGUACUUUUCAUUAAAUUAACGUUCAUUCGAUGAGUUUUUCGCAUGGAAACGCUUCUGCUCAUAGGGAUCAUAGAAUGUUCGUCCCUAUAGGGGCCACUAGCAAAAACCCUUAUAGGAAGAGGUAAAGAGAUCCCUAGAGAGAAAUCUUCAAGGGGUCCUGAUUUUGCUCCUAUAGGGACCGCUCUGGACUUUAUAACACUCUAGAAAAAAAUUUUCUGCGCUUUUUUUCAAAUUUUUUUAUUCAAAACAAAUCCAUUCUGUUUUCUCUGAAAAAAAUGCUCGUUUUUUAUUUUCAAGUGGCUGGCGUAAGUGGUCCAGGCCCAUUAAUAAGUGAUUGGCCGUGAGCCACUUUUCGAUGGAAAAUGUCCCGCUUUUAGCUCCUUUUUAGAGUGGUGUGAAUGGGAGUGAUUUACUUUUUUUUCAGAAACGGCCAAGCUCUCGCCAGAAAGCUCAUCUCGGCGUCACGUCGGACCGCGACGGAAGCUUCGACGACGUCGACGGAGAACGGCUACUAUUCAGACGGCGUGGCGGCGACGUCGCCGCGCCACGUCCGCGACGUCCGCCAUCAUCCGAGGUACGUUUCCAAUUCGACGUCCCUCUGCUUUGAUUGUUUAUUUACCGGCGGCCGGGGGGUGUCUUGUUUGGUUUGGCCUUACGGCGGCCGGCCUUCAUUUGCUCUGCUCGGCCAGCGGUCACCUUGGUUCACAAACCCAAGGGGUCACUUGAGGGGUCGCCGCGGGAUGUUUUGA